AUGGCAGUGGAUGCGAUCAACAGCGACCCCUCCAUCCUCCCACACCACCGUCUGCACCUUGCCACGGCCAACUACUCCAUGACUGCUCCCAUCGCCAGCAUGAUGGCCGGUGAGAGGCAUGUCGUGAUGACAGCCUACAGCCUGGUGCGGCAGCGGCCAGUGGCAGUGAUAGGGCCGCACACGUCGGAGCAAGCAGCACUCGUAAGCCCAUUCGCCACGGCCACUCACUUAUACCCUCCACUUCUCUCUCCCCGUACUCCUCCGCCCCACAGCUUACAGUCUAGUGAGGUAGCGGCCGGUCGCUGUGAUUGGCUCACACACAUCGGAGCAGGCAGCGCCGCCUACAGCCUGGUGAGGCAGCGGCCAGUGGCAGUGAUAGGGCCGCACACAUCGGAGCAAGCAGCACUCGUAAGCCCAUUCGCCACGGCCACUCAAGUGCCCUUCGUGUCCGCCUCUGCCACGGACGCGCAGCUCACUGUGGGCGGCACCAGGCCUUUCUUCAUGCGCACCGUGCAGAGCGACGGCCACCAGAUGCGCGCCAUUGCCGACAUUCUGGCGAUAUACCAGUGGAAGGCCUUUAUUGCCGUUCACAGCGACGACCGAUACGGAGGCAAUGGCAUCACGGCACUGGAAGCACGCGUGCUCGCCCUCAACCAAGGCAUCAGCAUGGCUCAUCGUGUGGCCAUCACUCCAGGGAGCACGGCAGCAGAGGUGGAGCGGCGCCUGCAGGUGCUGCUGGAGGUGGAUACGGCUGUGUAUGUGCUGCACGCAUCUGCUGCUGUUGCCACGGCCGUCAUACUUGCAGCGAACAGGAUGGGUCUGUUUUCGGCCAACAAUGUGUGGAUUGCAACGGAAGGGAGUGCGCUCCUCACUGGCUCCGCCCUGCACUCUGCUCAGGGUAUGAUAGUGACGGCCACAGACAUCCCCACCUCCGCUCCCCUGACUGCCUUUGUCUCAGACUGGCUCACACUCGACCCUGUGCGCUUCCCCAACGUCAGCCGCCAGAUGCCUAUGGCCUAUGCACUGGCUUCCCACGAUGCAGUCUACCUCAUCGCCCACGCGCUACACUCCAUCCUCUAUAACAGCAGCUCCGCCAGCAGCACCAACUCGUCAUCUCCUAGCACCACUACCAACACCACAGAACCCCACAGCAACGUCACGGCUCUACUUGACGCUCCCUGGCCACGUCUCCAACUGACUCUCGCCAGCAGCAGUGGUGCUGAGCAGUCUCUUAUCCCUCCUCUAGCGUCACUCCAAAGAAGCCCUUUGGGUCCCAUGCUGCGAGCAGGCAUGCUGAGAACUACAUUCGUGGGCGCAUCAGGCACCAUCGCCCUGUCCCCCUGGGGCGACCAGCAGAGCAACCUCACGCGUAUCCUCAACAUUCAGAGCCAAGCCUCACAGAGCACCACCAUUGGUUCAGUCAGGGGGUCAUUCAGUGGUUCAGUGAUCGGGCCAGUGAGCAUGCAAGGGAACGCGAAGGUGGUGCCAGUGGGGUACUGGUCUCCCACCCGCCGCCUCUAUCAAACAGCAGCUGCUUCGGAGAAUGCUACAGCUGGUGGGGCACAGCAACCAGUCAAGAUUGUCUUUCCUGGCGGCCUCACAAAGCCUCCCACAGGAGCUUUUCCCAAGCGGCGAGUCCGUAUCGCCGUGCCAAAGAAGCUGAUCUACCUGCAGUUUGCCAAUAUUUCCUCAGACGAGUCGCUGGGCAACAAGCGGUUCUCGGGCUACUGUGUGGACCUGUUCCGCCUGGCCGUGGCGCGUCUCCCUUAUAAGCUCGACUACGAGUUUGUAGAGUACACGGGUGCCCUCAUCAGCUACACCCAGAUGGUGCAGGCUGUACAGAAUAAGGACUUUGACGGGGCAGUGGGUGACAUCACAGUGGUGGACUCGCGGCAGCGAAUGGUCUACUUCACCCAAUCCAUUCUCGUACGUGCGCCUGCCUGCGUGAUGCAUUGCGUACUUAUGGUGUUCCUCGAGUGGCGCCUCAACGUGCACUUCCAGGCGAAGCUGCACCAGCUGGCAAUCACCGCCACAUGGUUUGGGAUUCACACUCUCUACUCUGUUAUAGUCUACUCAAUUCGCUCUGUGCUGGCGCGAACGGUGCUGGGCAUGUGGCUCAUUCUCGCAUUUCUCUUCCUCGCCUCCUACACCUCCAACCUCACUGCUAUCCUCACCAUUCAGAGGCUCACCCCCACCAUUCUGGACAUCACAACGGCCAUCAACAGCAAUGCCGCCAUUGGCUACCAGCAGGCCUCCUUCGUCUCUUCCUACCUGCAGCAGCUAGGAGUCUCUCCGGACAAGCUGGUGACGUUGAGUGGGGAGAGCGAGUAUGCGUCCUCGCUGGCAUCGGGGCGGGUGGCAGUGAUCGUGGAUGAGAACCCUUACCUGGCUGUCUUCACAUCGCAGUUCUGCGACGUCAUGCAGGCCGCACAGCCCUUCUCCUCCCUCAACCUCGCAUUUGCUUUCCAGAAGGGCAGUGCGUUGGGCCCGGACAUCUCAAACGCCAUAGCUGCGCUGCGCAUGACACAGGAGGUGGAGCAGCUUCAUGCCAAGUACUUCAGUUCUGAGAGCGCCUGCCCGCAGAAGACCACUGCGGUGCAGUUCGGUAUACAGCGGUGGGAAGCAGUAGAGCAACUGGAAAGAGAUGAGGAAAGAGAGAAGAGCAACAAGUCAGAUGCGCAGCAGCAGUCAGAUGCUCCACUGCCUCUCCUCUUCUCAUCAUCCCCUUUGCUCCGUGCUCGGUCUUUCAUUGCCCCGCUUCACAUCAAUCUAUCCUCCUCCUCCUCCCUGCACUCGUCCCUUGGGGUGCCUCGCAACACUAUCACCUCCUCUCCCUCCUCCCUCUCUCGCCCGUCUCCCACUGCUCGAGCGGCCUCCUUACCUUGCUCCAACUCAGCAGCCCACCACACACUCGUGGGCAGCAGCCAGUCUUCUUCCUCAGCUGGUCCAAGCUCGUUUAGUAGCUUGAAGAAAGAAAUGGAGCAGGAGCAGCAGCAGCAGCAGCAACAGCGGCAGCAGCAGCAGCAGCAGCAGCAGCAGCAGCUGAAGGGGCUUCUAGUAGCAGCAUCAGCUGUCCCUCCUGCUCCUGCUCCUGCCGCUGCUCCUUCCCCUGCUCCUGCUCCUGCUCCUGCUCCUGCUCCUGCUCCUGCUCCUGCUCCUGCUCCUGCUCCUGCUCCUGCUCCUGCUCCUGCUCCUGCUCCUGCUCCUGCUCCUGCUCCUGCCCCUGCUCCUACCCCUGCCUCUGUUCUUGCUCCAGCUCCUGCCCCUGCCCUUGCGCAUGCCCCUGCCCCUGUUCUUGCUGUUUCAUCAUUUGAACCAACAGCAGCGUCCAGCAGCAGACCACCAAGACACCCACAGCCUGUGCUCUCCCGUGCGUCACAGUCAUCCCUGGGGAGCAAGAGAAGUCGAGGAUCUCACGACGGGCAAGAAGAUGAGAGCGCUGCAGAUGAGUUGAGCAGAGGGCGGGCAACCCACAGCAAUGAAGCACCUUACAUAGAGCCAGUAUCCCACGGACAGUCAGGAUCCCACAGAGAAAAGGCGGCUAUUAGCGAGCAAGCAGGAGGGAAAGAGGCGGGUGGAGGAGAGGAGCAAGGCAGCAUGGACAAGGAGCAGGUCCCUCCCUCCCAUCUUGAUUCUUACACCAGCCUUGCCACCAGCACUGCUAUCGGCCCAAGCAGCAGCAGCAGCCAUCCAAGCCUCUCCUCCCAACCAAGCAGCGGCACCAACUCAAGCUUAGCCACUCGGAUGUUAAAACUUCCCAGGCUCACUUCGAUCGUCCCCCGUCUGCCCUCUGCUGAAAACACUUUCCCCACAAACCGCUCUCUACCCUCCUCUACGGCCCCCGUCUUCCCCUCUCUGCCGCCCUCCUCCACUCUGCCGGCCUUCCCCAGCCUGCCUUCGCUCGGCUCCAUUGACUGGAGUCAGCCAAGAAUGGAGUCCUUUCACAACAAAGUGGACAGCCUUGUCGAUAAAUUUCACAAGGGCAAGGAAUGGAGCAGGGAGAGGCACCUGUCAGCCUACAACUCUCAACCGCAGCAGACCACCACUGCGUUUGAGUUCCGAUCACCCUCUGCCUCGUCUGCUCACAGCCUUGCAUCACCUGCCUCGUCUGCUCACGGCUUUCCUUCACCUGCAUCUUCGAUCGCCUCUGAAGGCCCACCACGACUGCAACGGAAGGCCACGUCCCCUGGCCGCCCACCUGAGCGUCCACCUGAGCGUCCACCUGAGCGGCCACCUGCGCAGCCACUUGAGCGGCCACCUGCGCAGCCACCUGAGCGGCCACCUGCGCAGCCACUUGAGCGGCCACCUGCGCAGCCACCUGAGCAUCCACCUGAGCGGCCACUUGGGCAGCGGCGGCCUGUGUCCGUGAUGGCGCGGCGGCAGCGGGCAUCGUGGAAGGUGCAGGUGCAGAAUGGGGCGGCAGGUGGAUCAAGGGAUGGCGGCGGGCGGGUGUUUCGCCUCUGUCAUGGCGGUGGAGGAAAUCAACGGCGAUCCAAGCAUCCUGCCAAACCACGUGCUGCAUCUGACGGUACAAAACUACUCCGUCACCUCGCUCUCGAGCCAGCUCGCAGGUAUUCCCCUCCCGUCACCUCCCCCCCCUUUCGCCCACCGUCCCCUCUUCCCUACACCCUCCGCGCUCCGGUUUUCCCUUUUUCUCCCAACCCCAAGGCCCGUCUCCUGUCUUCCCUUCCCCUCCCCCUCUGCUCGUUUCUCCGCCGCUUCACUCUGCCGCCAUUGCUGGAGCUCUCCCGUCCUUUCCCAUCCUCCUCGCCUUUCCUCUUUCAACCUCCCCCGUCCACACCCCCUCGACAACUUUCUCCCAUUCCCUUUACCCUUGUUAUUGGUUCCCCUUCAUUUCCACGUGGCUUCAUCUCCUGCUUCCACGUGGCAGCAUUUCAACUUCUCGAGAACCAUCCAGUGGCUGUGAUUGGCCCGCACACAUCUGACCAGGCCGCCCGAUUCAGCCCAAUUGCAGCCGCAACCCAGGUGCCGUUCAUAUCAGCGUCAGCAACUGGCGUGCAGCUUACGCAGGGCGGCAGCCGGCCCUACUUCAUGCGCACCGUGCCCAGCGAUGGCGUGCAGAUGGCUGCCAUGGCAGAGCUGAUCAGGCACUACAAGUGGCAGCAGGUGGCGCUCGUCUACAGCGACGACCGCUUCGGCCGCAACGGUGUGGCUGCGCUCACCUCACACCUGCUCUCCAUCCAUGCGGAGGCGGAUGUGGCAGUGCGGGUGGCCAUCCCGCUGACAGCCGCGAACGAGGCCAUUCACGACUACAUGUCUGCUUUGAAGUCGCUAGACGUGGCGGUCUAUGUGCUUCACGCCUCCCCGAUUAUCUUCUCUGCCGUCGUUGAAGCAGCCAACAAGCUGCAUCUGUUUGUGAAGAACAGCGUGUGGAUCUCGUCUGAGGCCGCAGCUGUCAUCAGUGCCACCUCCACCCAACACGUGGAUGGGCUCAUCAUCACAGCCACCCACGUGCCUCCCUCCCCGCGACUCUCAUCGUUCUACGAUCGCUGGAAGCUCCUCAAUGCAUCCCAGUACCUGGGACUCACCAAGGGGAAUCCGUCAACAUACGCACUCUCAUCACACGAUGCUGUGACCCUCGUCGCACGUGCGCUGCACUCCCUGCUCUACCCCUCCGAUCCUGCUGCACCAACCAACUCGUCCUCGCACGAGAACACACAAGCGCAACAGCAGAAAUUGGGUCAGGAGCAAACGGGGCAGCAGAGGAGAAUGCAUCAACAAGAGGGGGCAGGGCAGACAUUUCAGCGGCUGGAGCUGCCGGUGCUGCCUCCACUCCCCAACGGCACCCAAGCCGUGCUCGCUCCGCCACUCACCCGCCUUCAACAAAGUGCAUUGGGACCGGCACUGCGAAAGGCUCUUCUCAAUACCAGCUUUGAUGGCCUGCAGGGCAGAAUCACACUAACCCCACACGGCGACCUGGCAGCAAACGAGAUCCGCAUUCUCAACAUCCAGAAAGGGGUGCCCGUGGAAGUGGGGCUCUGGUCUUCCACCCUCGGCCUCGUCCCCUCCUCCUCCACCCCACCCCUCCAAUCCUCCUCACCUUCCACCGCUUCCCCUGCGUCGCCCCCAGGGUCUGUCGCAGGCCCCGGUGCACAGGCCCUGAACGCUCUUCCCAUCAUCUUCCCGGGAGGACUCACACAGGUGCCAACAGGGUUGUUUCCAAAGACCCGACUUCGAAUCGCAGUGCCUAACAAACAGCAAUACAAGGAGUAUGUGAACGUGUCAGACGCCCUGGGGGAGGGCAACAGCCGCUUCUCAGGCUACUGCGUGGAGGUGUUUCGCCUGGCUGUUACGCGGUUACCCUACAAGCUGGACUACGAGUUUGUGUCGUACGGCGGCAAGAAACCCAGCUACACACAGAUGGUGCUGGCUGUGGGCAACAAGACGUACGAUGCAGCAGUGGGAGACAUCACAGUGUUGGACUCGCGGAGCAAAGUCGUCUUCUUCACCUACCCCAUCCAGCAAUCGGGGUUGAGUGUGAUGGGCUACUCACGGCCAUACAGCAACCCAUGGAUGGUCUUCUCCCCGUUCACCGCCUCCAUGUGGGCCGUCACUGCCGCUAUCUGCAUCACCACGGGUCUCCUCGCCAUGAUGCUGGACCGGCAAAGGACGCCCGACUUCCAGGGCACACUGCGGAAGCGCCUCAUCACAGCCGUGUGGUACGGCAUCCACACGUUCUACUCCAAUCCUGUGUUCCGCAUCCACACGACGCUAGCAAGGGCGGUCGUAUGUAUAUGGCUGCUACUAGCGUGGGUUAUCGCCAACUCCUAUGUGGCCAAUCUCACCUCCAUCCUCACAAUCCAGAGACUCCUUCCACAAAUCCUUGACAUCUACUCUGCCCUCACCAGCCACUCACCCAUUGGGGUCCAACAGGGCUCCUUCGUGCACUCGUACCUGCUUCAGCUGGGAGUUGCACCUGACAAGCUGGUGCCCCUGACGGGAGAGAGCGAGUAUGCAGCGGCUCUCUCCUCGGGCCGGGUGACGGUGAUAGUGGACGAGGACCCCUACCUCGACCUCUUCUCCGCGUCCUUCUGCGACGGCGUGCAGGCGUCGCAGCCCUUCUCGGUCCUCAAUUUCGCCUUUGCCUUUCCCAAAGGGUCACAGGUGGGGGAGGACAUAUCUCAGGCCAUCCUCGAGCUGACAAUGAAGGGGGAGCUGGAGCGCCUCAAGCGGCAGUACUUGCAGGUGGGUGGGUGCGUGAGAGAGGAGUGUGAUGGGGAGCUGGAGCGCCUCAAGCAGCAGUACUUGGAGGUGGGUGGGUGCGAGAGAGACGAAGCUAUGAUUUUCGAGGCGCCUCAAGAGUUCGUCCACUCGGUACCUCUGGUUGACCUCCUCAGUCAGACAGAUGCAGAGGGGACUGAAAAGGUGGCAGCUCAAGAAGGGGAGCUGGAGCGCCUCAAGGCACAGUACUUGCAGAAGGACAACAUGUGUGUGGACGAUCAAACGGCAUCCGCAGUGCUCACGGAGAAGGACAGCAUGUGUGUCGACGACCAGACGGCCUCAGCAGUGCUAACGGAGGUGAACGUGCAGAAGUUCUCAGCGCUGCUCAUCCUCUACCUCGUCGUCUCGCUGCUCUGCUGCAUCACCUACGUGGGAUUGCUCAUCUACCGCGGUUACCGCAACCACCGGUACGACCUGGUUACCCCUUACCACAGGGAAGCACACGGGCCCCAUCUUUCGCCACCACACGAGGAGGAAGAGGACGAUGAUCAGCAGCUGCUGCUGCAGCAGCGGUGUUUCGGCCUGUCGUGCGGCACGAACGGGAAUUCCGGUGCAAGUUACAAAACAGGCAAGGGCGGCAAGAAUCGUCCUUCGUCACCACACGAGGAAGAGGACGACGAUCAGCAGCUGCUGCUGCAGCAGCGGUGUUUCGGCCUGUCGUGCGGCCAGGGUGGGAAUUCUGGUACAAGUUACAGAACAGGCAAGGGCGGGAAGAGCCGUCCUGACAUUGAUAAUAAUGGUGGUCCUGAAGGAAGCAGGGAUGGGGAUGGUAGAGCAAGUGUGGGGAACGAGGAGGGUGGAGGCUCCAGUGUUGGCUAUGUUGAUGCUGGUCCCGGUCCCUCCUCCAGUCCCUUCUCAUUUGUUCCCGCCUCUGCAACCAGCUUUGACGGCAGCAGCAGUAGCAGCAGCAGCACCACCACCACCACCGCCGCCGCCGGCCCCGCCUCCGCCACUGGCAAGGGCAGCAAGCGGCCGGAGGUACUAGACCCGCUUCUGGAGGAAGGGAGUGAGGAUGGGGGGAUAGGGGAGGAGGUCGGGAAGGAGGAAAAGGAUGCGGAGCUGGGUGUUGGUGGGGAUAAGUUUGCGGCUCGACUUGGUGUUGGUACAGUUGUAAGGGAUGUGGUGGUGGGUUUUGACUCUGGUGCUGCUGCUUCUGCCCUGGAUGCAGCUGCCUCUUCAGGUGCUGCUUCAGCAGCAGCAGCAGCAGGGGCAACAGCAGCAGCAGCAGCAGCAGCAGCAGCAGGGGCAGCACUUGCAGCAGAAGUAGCGGCCGGAGCGGAAGUGACAGCAGAUGCAGCACCAUCAGGGCUGCACGUGGCCGGCAAGGAGUGGAGCCGGGGGCAGUAUCUGGACCCAAAGAACAUCCAGAGGCAGCAAGCCUACUCCGCCACUUCCCUCCUCCCGGACUUCUCUUCCCCGGGCAACUCUGCGAGAAAACGCAGCAGCCCAUCAGCGCGUGGCUCGGGUGGUGUCUUAGCUUCAGCCUCUGCUGCUUCAGCCGGCCCUGCCUCUGCCUCUGUCUCUGCAUCUGCUUCUCCCUCUGCCUCUGCUGCUGCCUCGCCGUCCCGGGGCCGUCCCAGCUGGGGAUCUCUGCAGGGCUCGCCUGCUUUCCCUUCCAAGCGCCCCUCCACUGCCUCUGGUUCCUUCUUCCGUGCUGCCAGUGCAGGCGGUGCUUCCAGUGCCGGGAGUGCAGGCGAUGCAGGUGCCGCUUUUUUCAAUCAGCCUGAUUCCUCUUCAGAUCGUUCUCUCAAAGCCGCCCCUCCUCGUGAAAGCCCUUCCACUGCUCCAGGCAUUUUCGUCCUUGCUCCCACUGCUGCUGACUCUCCUGCUGUUGCUCUUACCAGCGCCGGUGGUUCCCCCAGUGCACCUAACUUCCACCUCUCAGCUAGUUCUGGCAGCAUGUAUCCUGCUGGAAGCGUCGGUGGUUCUGAUGCUGCAGGUCAUGCAGAGAUUCCCAAAAGACAAAGGCGGACCAGCACCAUCUUGCCUUCUUCGUCUUCACUACCUGCCGAACCUUGCCCACCGGAAGCUGAUUCCGAGACACUGGAAGCAGCAGCACAGCUGAGGGCUUCAAAGAGGAGAAGCAUCACCUUUGGUAUGGAGGAGCAAUCAGACUCUCCGACUCGCUCACCCCUGACACUCUCGCAAUUCCCUCCUGAGGAGCAGCAGCAGCAGCCGCAGCAGCAACAGCAGCAGCAGCAGCAGCAGCAGCAGCCACAUCACCUGCUUCUGCGGCAGCAGCUGCCACCGAAGGCAUCGUAUGGGCGGCUCAACUCUCCUCUCGUCAACUCUCAUGCAAUGUCUAGCCAGGCCAGCCAGGAGCAGCAGCAGCAGCAGCAGCGGAACCAGGCUGCCAGGCUGCGUAAGACUGCCCGUGUUCAUCGCCGCAGUGCAUCAUAUGACGUUACACAGAAGCCAGGAACCAGCAUCAAGGGGGAAGUGGGGAAGAAGUUAGCAAAUCUUGACAAGCGUCUCUCGCUAGCCAGCUCGCAGGUACUCCCCUCCCCUUCCCUCCCAUUCUCCCCUUCUCUUCCCCUUCCCUCCCAUUCUCCCCUUCUCUUCCCCUUCCCUCCCAUUCUCCCCUUCUCUUCCCCUUCCCUCCCAUUCUCCCCUUCUCUUCCCCUUCCCUCCCAUUCUCCCCUUCUCUUCCCCUUCCCUCCCAUUCUCCCCUUCUCUUCCCCUUCCCUCCCAUUCUCCCCUUCUCUUCCCCUUCCCUCCCAUUCUCCCCUUCUCUUCCCCUUCCCUCCCAUUCUCCCCUUCUCUCCCCCUUCCCUCCCGUUCUCCCCUUCUCUUCCCCUUCCCUCCCAUUCUCCCCCUCUCUUCCCCUUCCCCUCCACGCUCCCCCCUCCCCCUUUUAUCUCCUAUCCCAUCCUCUCCCAUCCCCUCCCAUCCUCUCCCACCCGUUCUUCUCCCAUCCCCUCCCAUCCCCUCCUAUCCUCUUCCAUCCUUCUCCCAUCCCCUCCCAUCCUCUCCCAUCCUCUCCCAUCCUCUCCUUUCAUCUCCCAUCCUCCCACCAUCAAUGACUUUCCGUCAUUCCCCUCUACCCUCACUUUUGCUUCCUCAUCUUCUCCACGUGUCUUCGUCUGCUGCCUCCACGUGGCAGCAUUUAAACUGCUCGAGAACCAUCCAGUGGCUGUGAUUGGUCCGCACACGUCUGAUCAGGCCGCCCGAUUCAGCCCAAUUGCGGCCGCAACCCAGGUGCCGUUCAUAUCGGCAUCAGCAACGGACGUGCAGCUGACGCAGGGCGCCACUCGCCCCUUCUUCAUGCGCACCGUGCCCAGCGAUGGCGUGCAGAUGGCCGCCAUGGCAGGUGUGCACACACCGUACUAUGCUAUGCCAUGUAUGGGUGCUGCAGCGUGGGUGCAGGUACAGGUAGCAGCAGGCACUCACCUGUGUUCCCCAUGUGCACCGUGCCCAGCGACGGCGUGCAGAUGGCCGCCAUGGCAGGCGGAGGCAGAUGUGGCAGUGCGGGUGGCCAUCCCCUUGUCAGCCUCAGACGAGGCCAUUCACGACCACAUGUCCUCCCUGAAGUGCUUUGCUGCAGAGGCGGAUGUGGCAGUGCGGGUGGCCAUCCCGCUGUCAGCCACAGACAAGGCCAUCCGCAUGUCCUCCCUGAAAUGCUUUGCUGCGGAGGCGGAUGUGGCGGUGCGGGUGGCCAUCCCGCUGUCAGCCUCACACGAGGCCAUUCACGAUUACAUGUCCUCCCUGGUGCCACUAGACGUGGCGGGACAUGCCGACUACGUGUCCUCCCUGGUGCCGCUGGACGUGGUGGCACCAGGGACAUGCCGACUACGUGUCCUCCCUGGUGCCGCUGGACGUGGUGGCACCAGGGACAUGCCGACUACGUGUCCUCCCUGGUGCCGCUGGACGUGGUGGCACCAGGGACAUGCCGACUACGUGUCCUCCCUGGUGCCGCUGGACGUGGUGGCACCAGGGACAUGCCGACUACGUGUCCUCCCUGGUGCCGCUGGACGUGGUGGCACCAGGGACAUGCCGACUACGUGUCCUCCCUGGUGCCGCUGGACGUGGUGGCACCAGGGACAUGCCGACUACGUGUCCUCCCUGGUGCCGCUGGACGUGGUGGCACCAGGGACAUGCCGACUACGUGUCCUCCCUGGUGCCGCUGGACGUGGUGGCACCAGGGACAUGCCGACUACGUGUCCUCCCUGGUGCCGCUGGACGUGGUGGCACCAGGGACAUGCCGACUACGUGUCCUCCCUGGUGCCGCUGGACGUGGUGGCACCAGGGACAUGCCGACUACGUGUCCUCCCUGGUGCCACUAGACGUGGUGGCACCAGGGACAUGCCGACUACGUGUCCUCCCUGGUGCCGCUGGACGUGGUGGCACCAGGGACAUGCCGACUACGUGUCCUCCCUGGUGCCGCUGGACGUGGUGGCACCAGGGACAUGCCGACUACGUGUCCUCCCUGGUGCCACUAGACCCAAGAAGCUGCGGCUGUAUGCGCGCAGCAGCGUGUGGAUCUCCUCGGAGGGAGCGGCUGUCAUGAGUGUCACGUCCAGCCAACACUUGGAUGGCCUAAUCAUCACAACCACCCACGUGCCCUCCUCACCGCGCCUCUCAUCCUUCCUCGAUCGCUGGAAGCACCUCAAUGCCUCACAGUACCCUGGGCUCUCCAUAGAGAGGCCAUCCCCAUACGCGCUCUCGUCCCACGAUGCUGUCUCCCUCGUCGCACGCGCGCUGCACUCGCUGCUCUACCCCUCCGCUCCUGUACCAACCAACUCGUCCUCCAAUGAGACCACACCAGCACAGCAGCAGAAAUUGGGGCAGCAAAAACAAGUGGUGCAACAGAGGCGAAUGCAGCAGCAAACGGGGGCGCAGCAGAAAGAAGGGCAAGAGAAGAGAAUGCAGCAGCAAACGGGGCAGCAGCAAGAGGGGGUAGGGCGAGAAUUCCAGCAGCUGGAGCUGCCUGUGCUUCCGUCGCUUCCUAAUGGCACCCAGGAUGCGCUUGCCCCACCACUCACCCGCCUGCAACAAAGUGCAUUGGGACCGGCACUGCGGAAGGCUCUUCUCAAGACCAGCUUCGACGGGCUGCAGGGCAGGAUCGCGCUAACCCCACACGGAGACCUAGCAGCAAACGAGAUUCGCAUUGUCAACAUGCAGCGAGGGGCGCCCGUGGACGUGGCACUCUGGUCCUCCUCCUGUCUAGCUUCCACCUUGUGCCCCUCCUCCCUCCCUCACUUCCCCCUCCCUCACUCUCCUCUCCCUCACUUCCCCCUCCCUCACUCUCCCCUCCCUCACUCCCCUCCUCCCUCACUCUUCCCCCCCCUCACGUUAGUCGGCCUCGUCCCCACCUCCCGCCCAUCCCCCAACCAUCCCCAAUCCUCCUCGCCUUCCACCGCCUUCCCUGCUUCGCCCCCAGGGCCUGUCGCAGGCCCCAGUGCACAGACUCUGAAUGCUCUUCCGGUCGUCUUCCCUGGAGGACUCACCCAGCAAUACAAGGAAAAUUACUCUCCCUUCCGUUCCUCUCUUCGCCAGCAGUACAAGGAGUAUGUGAACGUGUCGGAUGCGUUGGGGGAGGGCAACAGCCGCUUCUCAGGCUACUGCGUGGAGGUGUUCCGCCUGGCCGUUACGCGGUUACCCUACAAGCUGGACUACGAGUUUGUGCUGUACGGCGACGCGGCUCUGAGUUACACACAGAUGGUGCUGGCCGUCUUCAACAAGACAUACGAUGCAGCAGUGGGCGAUAUCACAGUGCUGGACUCGCGGAGCAAAGUCGUCUUCUUCACCUACCCCAUCCAGCAAUCGGGGUUGAGCGUGAUGGGCUACUCGCGGCCAUAUAACAACCCAUGGCUGGUCUUCUCCCCGUUCACGGCCUCCAUGUGGGCCGUCACUGCCGCCAUCUGCAUCAUCACGGGUCUGCUCGCCGUGCUGCUGGACAGACAGAGGACGCCUGAUUUCCAGGGCACGCUGCAGAAACGCCUCAUGACAGCCGUGUGGUACGGCUGUCACACGUUCUUCUCCAUUCCGGUCUUUCACAUCCACACGACGCUUGCAAGGGCGGUUGUGGUGAUCUGGCUGCUGCUCGCCUUCAUCAUAGCCACAUCCUACGUGGCCAGUCUUACUUCCAUUCUCACAUUGCAGAAGCUUGUUCCGCAAAUCCUGGACAUUUACUCUGCCCUCACCAACAAUGCACCCAUUGGGUACCAGCAGGGUUCCUUCGUGCACUCGUACCUGCUGCAGCUGGGCGUUGCAUCUGACAAGCUGGUGUCACUGGCAGGGGAGAGCGAGUAUGCAUCUUCCCUCAGCUCCGGGCGCGUGACAGUGAUAGUGGACGAGGACCCCUACCUCGACCUCUUCUCGGCGUCCUUCUGUGAUGCCGUGCAGGCGUCGCAGCCCUUCUCCAUCCUCAACCUCGCCUUUGCAUUCCCCAAAGGGUCACAGGUGGGGGCGGACAUUUCUCAAGCCAUCCUGGAGCUGACAAUGAAGGGGGAGCUGGAGCGGUUGAAGGAGCAGUACUUGCAGAAGGACAGCAUGUGUGUCGACGACCAGACGGCCUCUGCUGUGCUAACGGAGGUGAACGUGCAGAAGUUCACGGCGCUGCUCAUCCUCUGCCUCGUUGUCUCGCUGCUCUGCUGCAUCGCCUAUGUGGGCUUGCUCAUUUACCGCGGUUACCGUUACAACAGGGAAGCACGUGGUUCACAUCUGUCACCACCAUAUGAGGAGGAGGAGGACGACGAGGAGGCGGACGAUCAGCAGCUGCUGCGGCAGCAGCAGCGGUGUUUCGGCCUGUCUUGUGGCUCGGGCGGGAAGUCCGGUGCAAGUUGCAAAACAGGCAAGGGCGGCAAGAAUCGUCCUGACAUGGAUGACAACAGUGGUAUGGAAGGAGGCAAGGAUAGUGAUGGUAGAGCAAGUGUGGGGAACGAGGAGUGCGGAGGCUCAAUUGAGGGCUAUGUUGAUGCUGGUCCUGGUCCCUCCUCCAAUCCCUUCUCACGUGUUCCUGCCGCUUCAACCAGCUUCCACGGCAGCAGCAGUAGCAGCAGCACUAUCACAACCACCGCCACCGCCGCCGCCACUGCCGCCGCUGCUACAGCUCAAUCCGUUCAGAGCAGCGCUGGUUGCCUGCCUCUUUUUAAACCGCCGCCCACCGCAUCCCACCGCGCCUCUUCUUCUCGCACCACUCCAUCUCCUACUCCUGGCAGUGGCACAUCUAGCCCUUCAAGCAGGGCAAUCCCUGAUGUUACUGUGUCGUGCCUAGGGGGUCCUGUCUGGCCUGAUCCGUCCAUCGGUCUCGGCAGUGCUGCGUGCGUGGGGAUGGCAGGCAAAGGCAGCAAGCGGCCGGAGGUGCUAGCGCCGCUGCUGGAGGAAGGGAGUGAGGAGGGGGGGAUAUGGGAUGAGGUUGGGGAGGAGGAGGAACGUGAUGGGGAUUUGGCUUUUGGUGGGGAUAAACGUGAUGCUGCUGCUAUAGUUGAAAAGGAUGUGGUGGUGGGUUCUGACUCUGGUGCUGCUGCUUCAGAUGCUUCUUCUGCAGCAGCAGCACAG